UACUCGUCUGUGCAGGGAUCAUUGUCAUCAAGCAACAAGUCCAGCAGUGUCGCAUCUCUUCAGAACUGAUUACAAGUUAUUCAGGCAUGAAUCACUUGGUGGAAUUCUUGCUAGGAUUCUUGGUCCUGUUCCUGGCUUUUGAAGACAGCGAGGAAAGCCAACCGUAUUCAUGGGCGGGUCACGUGUGUUCAAGAGGAACGUACGAAAUGGCUUACACAUCAUACCGAACUUAUCGAACGAGAUACCAAGAUUACCAUACUAAAUGUGGCUGGUGGRAUUGGGGUCGCUGUAAGAAAACACGGUCUUGGCGUUCUUACUACUAUGCAUCCAGAACAAAAUCAGUAUACAAAACGUAUUAUUACUGUUGCUCAGGUUGGAGACAAAGUGGACGAUACUGCUCGAUACCCAUAUGCAGCAGUGGGUGUGGUCACGGAAGAUGUACAUCACCAAAUAGAUGUGCCUGCAACAGUGGAUGGCAAGGAUACAGAUGCCAAUAUGAUGUGAAUGAGUGCUCUCGUUCACUUGGUGGCUGUUCGCAAKUCUGCAUCAACACCCCAGGAUCUUAUAAAUGUGGCUGUAGAAAAGGUUAUGUUUUAGAGGGCUCGAAGUUAUGUAAAGAUAAAGAUGAGUGUGCCACCAGAAAUGGACAAUGURAUCACAUAUGUGAAAAUACACAUGGCAGCUACAAAUGUCGAUGCUUUUUAGGAUACAAACUGUUUCCAGAUGGUAGAACGUGUUUAGCUUCAAACGAAAUGGAUUUUCCACCAAGUCUCGUCCCAACACCAUCUGUCACAUAUAGAAACGACUACUYGUCCAUGUUGGAAAUGGUUUGCAGUUUUGACUUUCCUGCAUGGAACAACGUAUCAUACCUUAUUGAAUGGUAUGCGAACUCAAUCAAACCUGUUAAKAACGAGACAUGGUGCAYUGCAGAGGAGGGAGAAAGAACAAGCAAUYACAGCAGCUGUACCARAAGGCAGAGUGUAAUUACAUUAUYUCAACACUUUACAAUUGGCGAUACGGUUUGGUGCAAACUUUACAUGAAGUUCUCGACAAGUUCCAAAAACAACUGGACAGAGAGUGGAAUUCAGAGUAACCAAUUCUAUGUUGGUAUUGAGGUUUCCCCACGCCAUGUCAUCGUUGACCAAUGUGAAGUUCUCGGCAGAACGAAGAACAUUAGUGUCACCUUAAGACCAACUGUUCCUAUUUUGCCUUUUAUGAAUCUCCAUGKGACUGACAGUGUGAUUGUGUAUGUGAUGAUAUCAGAGAAGACACAGGUUUCUGUCAACAAAUGCAGGGUUGAAUUAAAGACAGAAGACAUCACCAUCGGAAAAACAAUAAAUAUUGGUGGAAUCUGGGGGAAAGAAAAUCAUACCAACUUUUUCCAUUUCAAACAAGAGACGUCCAGUCCAGACUGGUUUUCUGGUGUAUAUCAAAUGCCUUCAAUGAAGGUCACAACGCAUCCCAAACAAUUCCAGUAUGGGAAUUGCUUUAUUAUGUCAGGAAAACAUCUACGUACGUUUGACUCAAGAAUCGUUUCUCUUAGACAACCCGGCUUUUUUGUGAUGUACACAAAUGAAGACCAAAAACUGCAGGUUUAUAUGCGCACUGUAUCCACUAAAAAUAAGUGGCUCGGUAACCCGUGUGGUGUUACAAUACGUGAAGGGAAAAGUGUCCUAGUCUUGUCCAUUUGCGACGAAUUAAUUUCUGAACAWAUGUACCCUACGAAACGGCAAACUAGGAAUCUGCAUUUUUUUAAAAGAAGCCCUGGUGUUUUAUCGAAGGGAAUACAGAAAAUCAAGAAUACUAGGAGAGAGGGAGAGAUCCUACUAUCGUCAGGUCUUAGAAUAGUUGUCACGAGAAUGGGUUUUGAUGAUUUGAGAAUUUUGCUCAAAGCACCUAUAACGGACAAAGGCAAAGUGUCAGGACUUUGUGGCAAUUUCAACGGCAACAAAUAUGAUGACUUCGUUGAUAUUUAUCGAAUUGACUUAGAUUUGUUACGAGAUAGGGACUUGAGUAUCCCUGAAGACAAGAGUUACUUUAAAGCCCUGCCAGAAGAAGAAGAAGAAAGCGAGCCACAAGAAAGAUAUUGCUUUUGUUCCAUGACAAAUCAAAUUCAAACUAAAGUGGAAUGUAACACGACAGAAACCCAUUUUGCGAAGAUCGACGAAAAUGAAAGGCGUCUAGUCACCAAAAGUUUUAGGAACGCUUUUGGAUCGUUUGGUAAAUCAAGUGAUUGCGCAAAUAACAAACAAGCACCUUUUUGCAGAUGAUGCAUAAGACGCCAUGCUUCACAGUUUUUACAAGUGACUCUUAUUCAGCUUUAGCUGACAAUGAGGAAAAAGUAAUCGAAAAUAGUUUUAACGAAAUAGUUUUCUUUACUGAUUACAUUGAUUUUAAGGRAAAAAGUUUGUAAACGUACGAUGUAGUUGUUUCUUAGUAUGAAAUACAUUACUUGCAUUAUUCUUUUAAGGUUUAUGCGGAACAAACACGGGGGGAAACUGAGUAAUCAAAAUUACUGAUUAAUUUAAUUGGAAUUGCUGCCCGGCACCUACUUCAAGGGUUCAAGUGUCCAAUCAAAUAUGCAACAACAAGCAAAAGCCAGGCAUCAACAUGUACGGAUAAUCACAAAGCGAAAUUUACUCCUAUCGAAUAUCAACUGAUCUGUUGUGCUUUGAAUGGGGUAUCGAAUGUUGUUUACGGUAGUAGUUUAGACCUAAUGGUUAUAGAGGUAUUUCAUUGUCUCAUUGCAUGAAAUGUUUAAUAGCGGUGUAAAAUUAAAAAAAUGAGUAUUAAAGUACUAAAGAAUUAAA